GGUGUGGAGUAAAGUGAAAGUCAUGUAGUAAACAGUGAAGGUUAAAGUUCUCACUUGACUAGUAACUCAGCCAAGCAGUGUAUCUCUAUCAGCCAGGCAUGAUAGUGUACUGUACCUGCUGGUCUCACAUAUGUUUAACUCAACCUUUUUAUCGUUAAUGACAGUGUACUUACUGACCUAGGGCAUACAUGCUUUGUUGUUAAUACUCAAUAUAAAAUAACGUAUGCAAGAAGCGGUUUCUAACGAGCAGCUGUGGGAAAAGUGAACAUAAGAGAGGAAGAUCAACAACUAAAAGUGGUACAACAUGGUACAACUGCUGGAGAGGUACAAGGCGCUGGAGUUUUUGGAGAGGGUCGGGGUGGUGGAUGGGGAGGCCCUUCUUACUCGAGACCCUCUAGCCUUUAUCAACACCCUCAUCCCCGCCUUCUUGAUUCACGUGCCCUUUCAGUGCGUCAGUUUGGUGGCACAGACUAAGGAGGAGCAUCAUGUACCCAGCCUGGAGGAGGUAGUGGAGAUGAUACUUAGUUUGGAGGGUGGCCUCUGCUACAGCCUCAAUACCUUCAUGUGCAUCCUGCUACGCACCCUCCACCUCGACGCUCACGUCUUGAAAGGGUCGUACACCUCCUCUAGGCUGGAACACAACCACAUCUUGGUGCUGGUGAAGGACUUGAGGCAUCCCGGGGACGAGCACAUCAUUGACGUGGGGUGUGGUUACCCCUUGCAGGAGGCAGUGGCCGUGAACAGCCUGCCGGUCACCUACUACUACAGUGGUCUCGAGUAUAAGUACUGCAGGAAGGGCGAACUGGUGCUUCGCCUCCACCGUCGAGGCGACACCAACCCAGACAAGGAGCAGGCCGUGAUGGUAGGAGAGUGGCGCCAGAUUUUUCACUUCACACUGACCCCCGUCCAGUACGAUUUCUUCCUUCCACACAUGGCAUCUGUAUACGUGGACGAGAAAAGCCACUUCAUGCAAUCUAUCUUAGCUGCCAGGUUCCCGACAGCGGAUACUGUACUCACUGAGGAACAUUCGGGGGAUACGAGCUCAAGUAUUAGAAAAUCAAAUCCAGCUAAGGAGGACAAUAGUGGGAAGAUCUUGAUGGCCUUCAAGGACCAGAUUCUCAUGCUGGGGCCGUUUAAUGCGAUCGUUACGACCGAGGUGAGUUUGGAGGAAUGGGCGACCAAAAUAAAAAACUACUUCCCCACCAUCCCUCCAGCCAAGGUCGACCUCGCUGUCCGCAACAGGAUCCUCAAUAAAUCAUUACAUUAACACCUGAAACUCAACAAGUGAAGCAAAGGAAAUCACAGCCUACCAGCAGGAUUUUUUAUGGCUUAAGGCGGCGGCACACUGGGCACUUUCCUCCAAACAUGCUGGCCAUUGGCCUGAUGGCCCAGCUGGAUUUCUGCUGUUGCGAGAAAUGGACAACGGUAUGGCGGGGAUCUUUGCUGGCCGGAUUAGUGCUCAAAUGAGUUUCAUAUAAUUUCAAGUAAAAUUUGAAAUAAAUCAGGAAACCAUAAUAAUUUAAAAUAUAACACAUAAACGUUAACAUAUUUGUAUUUAUUCGUCACUUUAAAACUUCUUUAGUAUUAUUAAAUCAUUAUUCACGUUCUUUGAGCAGCCAACCGCUGCCACUUUAAAAGAAACUUCACGGCGCACCCAUUGUCUUUUUUUUCUUUAGCUUUUGCAGACGCCUAACUUGCUUCAGCAAUUGAAGAACUACUGUAUAGCUCAAUCCUGCAAGGCCUCAACUGUAGACGCUUUGCUGUUGUUUUCAUUGUGUCGGGCAGACAUGCCAACAAAACAUCCCAGUGUGACACAAAACAUCUCUUUGUUUUGCUGGCCGGACUGUGUUUGCCAAACAUGUUUGGAGGAAAGUGCCCAGUGUGCCGCCGCCUUAACAUGCACUGUCAACUCUGCUAUGUACAGUACUUUCACACUUACUGAAUACAGUAUACAGUAUAGUGUACAUAACUGUAAUAACUUUUUACAUCUAAAUGUAUGGUAUAAGUGUAAUGCGAACGAGCACGAGUGAGUGAACCACUGUGUGGCGUGAAUGAGCAUGUGCACGAGUGCUGUCCUUUAGUGGCAUUAAUGAGCGCGUACACUCGCACCAAAAAGUAUCGGUGCAGGGUGAGAUCAACGACUUCCGAAACGAUACGUAUACACUGUGAUGUGUCGGGAAGGUUGCUAAGUGUAUCCUCAUAACCCCCCCCCCUCCAUUAGGUGUUGCCAUAUGGCUGACAAUCAGUGUAUUUUUUCCUCUUCGGAUUGUUGCUUUGUGUCGAUUGAAUGAUGAGCGAAGGUUUGGUCUCGGUAAACGUGGGUAUAAAAUAGAGGUAAUAUGAAGCAGUAGAGAUCUACACAUGCCAGACAACAUGGAAACCUCAGAGGGAACACGAGGAGCUAUCAUUGCCCUUCAUAACGAAGGGUUCGGCGUCACAGAUAUUAGCAAGCGGGUUGGUGUUCACAGGAACACCACUGCACGAUGGAUUCGGCGAUACCUCGAAACUGGUGCUACAGACGACAGGUCUCGGAGCGGCCAUCCACGCUGCGCCACCCCUCAGGACGACCAGGUUG